UCUGUUCUCUGUGCCUCAGACCCCAGGUUUCCGCCCGCCGCUUGGAGUUUAAGCACAUCCCUGAAGGUCCCCUGUGGCUCGGUGUUGACCAAACCUAGUGGUUGCAGUUAGGGACUCCGGAGGCCGGCGUAGUCCACCGCCAGGGUCAUUCCCACCUUCUCGGUUUGCCGGACCGUCUGUCCUCCAGCCGCCUUCUCCUUUCACCAGGUUUUUAGCCACUGAUGUUACUAAUAAUAAAAUAUUGGAGCAUAGAGCUGAGGAAAAGACUUAAACCAGAUUUUUCUUCAAUGAGUUAAAAAUAUGGAUUCCGAAAUAGGAGGAGCACAGAUUGUCAAAGUGACACCUGUUCAGCAAAUGCUUGCCUCUUGUACUGGAGCUAUACUGACAUCACUAAUAGUGACACCCCUGGAUGUUGUUAAAAUUCGACUCCAAGCCCAAAGCAACUCAUUUCCCAAAGGAAAAUGUUUUGUGUAUAGUAAUGGAUUAAUGGAUCAUCUAUGUGUUUGUGAAGAGGGAGGCAACAAAGCAUGGUAUAAGAAGCCAGGAAAUUUCCAGGGAACAUUGGAUGCCUUUUUAAAAAUCAUUCGAAAUGAGGGCAUUAAAUCCCUGUGGAGUGGCCUUCCCCCUACUCUUGUGAUGGCGGUUCCUGCUACAAUUAUUUAUUUUACCUGCUAUGAUCAAUUAACUGAUCUUCUGAGAGCUAAAUUAGGAGAAAAUGAAACUUGCAUACCAAUUGUGGCUGGCAUUGUAGCUAGAUUUGGUGCAGUAACUGUAAUAAGUCCCUUAGAAUUGAUUAGAACCAAAAUGCAGUCUAAGAAGUUUUCUUACAAGGAAGUACACCAAUUUGUCAGCAAGAAAGUGUCUGAAGAUGGUUGGAUUUCCCUCUGGAGGGGCUGGGCUCCUACUGUUCUUAGAGAUGUACCUUUCUCAGCAAUGUACUGGUAUAACUAUGAAAUUUUAAAGAAGUGGUUGAGUGAGAAAUCUGGUUUGUAUGAACCAACAUUUAUGAUCAACUUUACUUCAGGGGCAUUGUCUGGUUCUUUUGCAGCUGUUGCAACUUUACCGUUUGAUGUAGUAAAAACACAAAAGCAGACACAACUUUGGACAUAUGAAUGUCAUAAAAUUUCUAUGCCUUUACAUAUGUCAACCUGGGAGAUAAUGAAGAACAUUGUUGCUAAAAAUGGAUUUUCUGGAUUAUUUGCAGGCCUAAUUCCUCGCUUAAUUAAAAUUGCUCCUGCAUGUGCAGUUAUGAUCAGUACAUAUGAAUUUGGAAAAGCUUUUUUCCAGAAACAAAAUGUUAAAAGGCAACAAUAAUAGUGAUGCUGUUUCUACUUGAAAUAACAAGAUGGAGACUCUUAGGCAAGAACUUUUUUCAUCAUUAUUCUCUCACCAUGAUUUUGUCUUUCCUAUAAUUUAAAU